AUGAUGCUAGUUACGCUUGGAAUUGAGUCAACAUUAUUCAUGAAAAGCCAGAAUGCUUGUAUAAAAUGUGUUCUUGAAAACAAUAACACCUUUCUUUGUGAACUUGGUAAGGUUAUGAUGAAUCAUGUUGAAGAAUGGCUGAAACAAAAACAAUAUGAAGCUUGGACACGUGGUAUUCCUUCAAUAUCAAAUACUGUAACAGUCUUUCCAAUUAUUGAAGCACUUAUUAGGUGUUAUUUACGGCCAAAUGUUAUACAAUAUUUGCUUAAUCAAAUAAAAGAAAGCGUCUAUUAUAUUGCAUUAUGUUCUAGUAUUAAAGAGGUUGAAAAUAUGUCUAUUAAUGAGCCAUCUCAGGAUGAAGAUCUAGAGGAUGAAUUGGAUAGUGUAUCUAUAUGUGCAAAAUUUCUUUUACAACAAUUAGACUAUUCUAGCAUUAUUAAAAUUUGGAAUAUUUCACGGAUUCCUAAAGAAUCUCAUCAGGAUGUAGCAGUGGAAGAUGAUCAUUUUGGGCAAUG